CUAGUAGAAAGCGAGAAAGCCAAAGAAACCCUUGAACCUGACAGGACCUGGAGAAAAUACUCCGGAUCGUGCUCUGUACUUGAUCUCAUAGCUAGCCCUCGCUAGCCCUAGUUAGCCCUAGCACAGCUCAUACUGUAGCAUACUCUCACCACUCACACUACCUGUAUACACACCAUACACAGUCAACGUCGCAUUGCAUACGCACAUGCUGCACUCUCGCAAAGAGAAGCGAAGCCAUAGGCAUCCUCAAGUGAAUUCACAUUCGCAUUCACUGCCAGACUCAUCCGACUGAAACCUACAUUUCGGCGGCCAAAGAACGGGAGCGGGAAUUUGGUUGGAAAAAAGAACAAAACGACACGACCUCACAUCUCCAGCAACGAGCGCAGCUGCAGCUUUCCGAACUCCCCGCACUGAGCGCUGCCUCAACCACCACCCUUUCGCGACCCAGUCUCAGAUUCCUUCUGCCAACAAUAGAAUUGCGUUUAGAGCGUAGUCAGGCAAUUCAACCUUCACCUACUGCUACAGCCUGCUGCUCUUUCACCUAUACCGAACCUCGUCAGAGAUUUAAACCAACCACUCCUUCCCAAGCUCCUCCAACUACAAUACACCCCACCCGGUCCCUUGCGCGCGCAAAUAAAACCUUCGCGACUCCAUUCGACAUAGUCGACACACGUCAAACGAGGGCGGAAGUCAACAUUGCCCCGCCAUCUGGGGUAUCGACGAGUUUGUCGUACGCCGCUGAAGGGCCCAGGAAGGCUGCAGCAAGCCUCGAAGAAAAGUUCAUACGUCCGGGUUCCAUCGCGACAAAUAACCAGCCUCAUUUCCCGUCGUAUCGUCAACAUCAAGGGCGAAUGGACAAUCUCAUGCCUCCGACGAAUACCAAGAAGCGCGCAGCUCCCGGUUCAUCACCAGCACCAGCUAUGCAAUCCGCCCAGAUGCCUCAACAGCCGUACGCUGCACCUACCCAUAAUCCAGCCUUGAAUCCGGAGUUUGCACGGUACAACCAACCUCCUGAAAAUGCGGUAUGCCAACAAGACCCACUGGCAUACAAUAUGAAUAGCUAUGGAGGAAAUGGAGUUUCACAAGCUCAGUACGAGCACCCGGCAGCACAAUCCCACUUGCAAUCCACCCAACUCGCACGUAGGCCCAUCAACAGACAGCUCGUACCGACAGGACCACGAUUUGAACAGGCUGGUGACAACCCGUGGGGUCAUAUGGGUGGUGAUGACGGAGCUCUAGAUCCCCAGCAAUUACCGCCGGGCAUAGAGGAAGCAGAUAACAUUGAGCUCCUGGAGGAAAAGGCAGUUGUGGCAAAGAGAGACGCGCAAUCAAAACGAAAACAAAUCCCGCCGUUUGUUCAAAAAUUAAGCAGGUAAGCGUCUUGUGUACCUCUGCAUUUCUUUCCCCUGUGGCUGCUAAUUCUUUGGGGUAGCUUUCUGGACGGCGCGAAAAAUACCGAGUUGAUACGAUGGUCUGAUCGAGGGGACUCUUUUGUCGUGUUGGACGAAGACGAGUUUGCAAAAACUUUGAUACCCGAGCUUUUCAAGCACAACAACUAUGCAUCCUUCGUUCGGCAGCUGAAUAUGUAUGGGUUUCAUAAACGAGUAGGAUUAUCUGACAACUCAAUGAAAGCCAGCGAGCGUAAAAACAAGAGUCCAAGCGAAUAUUACAAUCCAUUUUUCAAGCGAGGCCAUCCAAAUCUAUUAUGGCUUAUUAACAAACCCAAGGGGGGUGCAAAAACCAGCAGCACUUCUUCAAAAUCCAAAAAGCUGAAGCUCGAAGAAGCUGAAAACGAUAGCGACGAUGAUGGAAGAGAGGCAGGCGUGGAGGAAAUUUACCGUGAGAAUAUGCCUGGCAUAUCUCGAGCACUUUCUCAAGCACCAGAACAGCUCUCUGGCCCACUUCAAAAACGAGAACUGGCCAUGGUGCAACAUCAACUUGCGGAAAUUCAGGCGCAACAAGGCCAAAUCACCAAUGCCUUGAGCAGAAUACAAAAGAACCAUUCACAUCUCUUGAACCAAUCAUUAGGAUUUCAACAACUACACGAUAGACAUGAAAACUCGAUCAACGCCAUCCUUACCUUUCUUGCGACAGUAUACAAUAGAAGCUUGGACGGUAACCCGCCCCAGAACUUUGCACAGAUGUUUGCCAAUGGUAUACCACAUGACCAACAUAACCAAGGCAAUGUUGUUGAGCUCGCAGAGCCUUCUAAUGAGUCACAAAAUCCCGGGAUACAAAGCCCUCGGAGACGGAGAGAGACCCGCCUUCUAAUGGCUCCCCCAUCUGCCACAGGUCGGGCUGAGACUCUUUCUCCAGCAGCUUCAACUCCACGAGCGCCUCCUCGGCAUGCUAGAUCUGGCACUGUUGAAGAACUUUUUGAAAAUUCUCCUGCAGAUUCGCCCCAGGUAAAGACGGAACAGGAGCAGCAGCAGCAACCAGAUAUCAUGAUGAAUAUAAUCAAUAAUACGAAUGCUCAAGCGGGUGCAAAUAUUGGAAGCAUGAAUUUUCCGGAGAUGCUCACUCAUUACGAGAAUUCCAAUGGCCAAUCACCACUCACUUCCGAGCAACGAAAUACUGUUCUCAACAUGAUGGCAAAUAGCUCUUCUGCUCCUGGUACCAACAACGCACUUGUGAGUCCGACACCUCCCGAACCGCCUAGCCUCGACGGUCUCGAAUACAGCAAUGCAGAUCUCGAGCGUCUGCUUCAAGCUCACAACGCGAACGGUGAGCAAAUCAACAAUAUCAAAAACGCAAUCUCACAGCCCCUCAGCCCCUCUGGAAUCUUACCUCUUAGUAUGGACGAUACCUCCUUCUUCGACGGCGGCCUGGAAGCCCAUGAUGGCUUGAAUGGCAACCUUGAUAUUGAUCAGUAUCUUGACCCUGGAGCUUUCUAUAAUGGUGGGAGUCCUGCUGGUGCGGAGUUCAACUAUGAUCAGUUUGGGGAUCUGAAUGCGGGGAUGGAUAGCCAUUUUGAUAUGGGAAUGGAUGGGACGAACGAGAUGGGGAGAGUGGUAGAGGGUGAGAGUGAAGCUGUCACGCCGGAUACCGGUAUGGAUGACUUGAAUAAUGGCAUGAGAUCUCCUAGCAAGAAGAGGCGGAGGAAGUAAAAGUGAAAUUAUUUUGGAGGGAGGUGUCUAUUUAGUGAGGGCGCUGGGUAAAUGGAAGGCGUUUGUUUCUUAUUUUCGGAGGGGGACAUAUCAC